UCUACGUACAAUCUGUCACGUUUUUGAUGUCCAUUAUCACAUUUGUUUCAUUCAUAAACGAGAAGAGAUUGGAGAUGGUAUCAUAUCUACGAUUAUACCGAAUUUCAAAUUUACACCUGGACAUAAAACGACAAAUUAAAAUGUUUAUGAAUCAAAUAUCAGUUUGCGAUUCGGACCAAAUUUCGGCAUUUGGAUUUUUUAAUAUUAAUUUAAAUCUCGUUACAUCUGUACUUGUAUUAUUGAUUAGUGGAACUACCACGUUGAUACAAAUGAAAGAUCACCCAAUAAUACUGAAACUAAACAACGACACAUAUUCUUUUUUUCAAAAAUUGCGUAAUGGAAAAUAAAAUCAAUGACAUGGAAUGUGCUGUGUAUGCAAAUACCUACGUAGAUCACCAUCGGGGUAUUUAUUCAUAUAACGUGGACAAGAUAAAAAUUAACAGAUAUACAUACUGACAAAGCCACUUCUAAAUUUAUAUCGUUCUAAAAAGCUUCUACAAGCAAUAGUGUUAGAUAUAAAUUAAAUAUUAUUUUUAAUACAUUAUUAAUCAAGGAGUUGUCUGAAAAUGUAAUUCA